AUGUCUCUGUCUGUGCUUUUAUUUUGUCUCUUUAACUUCGUCAUGACUGAAAACAAACUGAGUUCUGUGGACUUUGAGAUUUUUGGAAAUGUGCAGGGUGUUUGCUUCAGAAUGUACACAGAGGAUCAGGGCCGGAGUCUAGGACUCAGUGGCUGGGUGAAGAACACCAGACAAGGAACUGUGAUUGGUCAAAUCCAGGGACCUCCGGAAAAAGUCAGUGAAAUGAAACUCUGGCUGAAGAGUGUUGGCAGUCCGAGCUCUCGAAUUGACCGAGCCGUCUUCUCCAAUGAGAGAGACAUUUCUAAACAAGAGAUCCAUGGAUUCUCUACCCGCUACUGAGCACGCUCAGACAUCUCUGUAGUCAAUCAUCAAUGACUGUCACACCUGCAAAAACACAA